AAAUGUAACACUUUUUGAAUGUCUUUCACUGCGCUAAACUUGGGCAUUAACAAUGCAGUAUCCUCAGGCAGCAGCUGCCCCAGAGAAGGCGUUCGCCCUUAGCCUCGCGGUCUUCUCCCCAAAAAUAAUCACUUGCCAAAUUCGGCAGCCAGCUUUCCAUUUCUGUUCCACAAAGUUUGGCUCAGCUCUUCCGUCCGGCACUUUGAGGUCUCUGUCAAUUUCGCUUCUGGCAAACCACAGCGCCGCCGUACGAGCAAGUUCGUCUUCAUUCUCCAGCUCUGCCUCACCGUGGGAUGAAAAACCCUACCAAGUGUUACCGAAUGGCAAGAUAGUGUACUUGGACGAACAGGAUGUAGUCACCUUCCUCGACCCUCCCAUGGAGCUUAUUCCUUUGGACCCAUCUUCUUAUAAUCCCGCUUCUUAUCUCUGGAAGAAAAUUGAGGAUAUUCCAGAGGAAAGGAGGCACAGGCUGUUGUCCUUGCUUAACCCAAGGUUGAUAUCACAAGCCUGGGGGAUAGCUGGCACACGGUACGAUAAUCAAAAACUGGUAGAGAAAAGUGCAUCUAGCUUGCUAGCAACUGGAAAUACUGAUACAGUUGCUGAAUUUUGGAAGUGCCGAACGAGCGGAGGGCCACUGCAGAUUGCCUGGUUAAAUUUCUUCAAAAAGGUUGUAUUUCGCACUGGUGAUGGGAAGGCAUACGGACGACUCAUUAGCGAAUCAGUUUUCUCUGGGCUCUCAAAGUCAUUUUAUCCUUUGUACUUUACGCAUAGUGAACUCAAAGAAGUAAUGUCUACAGAAGAGCCUUGUGAUUUAGCAUAUGAAUUCAAAGAUGGAAUCUUGGAUCUCCCUGAUUUUCCUCAUGGUUUCCCCAAGCCAGCGGAGCAUCCAUGGCCAUUUAACGAUGAGAUAGUCAUAUAUAUACGUCAUGCGGGCCCGGGAGUGAUGGUAGGACAAGCCUGGCAAGAAGGAAAAGCAUUACAACAAGUGCCUAAAAAGCUGUGCAGUGAAAUCUUGAUGGUGAAAGAGUAUUUAUCUUCUCAGCCUCAAUCAGGCUAGUUAGUUGUUCAUUGUGUCAACUCUUUUGUUAUCUGUUACCAGCUCUUGGUAUGUAAGUUUUACAAGUGUACAUAUUGUCAUUUCUAGGCUCAUUUCUUCCUAAUUGCCAUUUCUCGAUAAUAUUUGGUUUGGUUUGAUUUUGUUCAAAAAAAACAAAGAAAUACUUGGGCAUUUAGGAGUAUUGUGAUUGCGUGCAAGGAAUUUUGUUAUUAAUUUUAACAACAUACCCAGUAGUGUGAUUCUACAA